GUUUGAGUGGUGAUUACUAUUACCGUGUGGAGAGUUGCACUUCGGACACUUACCGUGAUGGCGACGAAUGAUGGGCAUCGAGACUACGUCUCGGAGAGGCAUGCAUUGGUCCAAGAUUUGGAGAAGAUGGAGCGAGAGGUGGAGUUUCUGCACGAGUUCUUGGUGGCUAGGGGUGAUAGCAUUACAGUGCGGAUGCGGUGCGGGAGAGAGGUGUGCGAGACAGAUGUGUCACAGGAGAACAUCCACGCACACAGAUGGGCGGGCUCCGUUGUGAAACGUCUCUGUGCUUCACGGUCGAGCCUCGUGCAAUGCGGCGACCACCUGGUUGUCCGGCACAUGCGUAUGAGCCGUGAGUUGGGGAGGUGGAGGAGGAUGUGGGAAGACAGCCGAGCGCUACAAGAGAAUGCAUCAGCGGUCGAGCGGGAGGCAAUUCAGCAAAGGGAUGUCGCCAUGCGUGAGAGGGACGCUGCCAUGCGUGAGAGAGAUGACACUUGGAGGAGGUUGGAGGCUGCGGAAGCUGAUGUGCGCAUCACCCGGCAGCAAGCAGACACGGCAUGGCGAUUCGUCGAAGAAGUCACACAUGGGGGAGGUGGAGUGGUUGACGGGGAGCACGACGUGUAGAAAUGCAAAAUCUAUCCAUUGCGGCGAAGGGGAAGGCAUUGGUUGUCGACGAUUGUGCAGAUGACGGGUUUGGCGGUUGCAGUGCACAGGGGUCAAGGUGCCAGUCGUGCGAUGCUAUGGUGUU